UUUGUCCUUGAUUUUAAAUGAUCAAAUAAAAUAGUACUUGUUUGAGAAAUAAGAGUUCUUAAACUCUAUUGCUCUUACAAGGAGCGAUCUUUUGCCAAAGUUUUUAAGGAUGUAUCCUAAAUAUAUUUGUGUUUAAAUGAACUGUUUCAAUAGCGGAAGCAUCACAGUUGGACUUGCUCUACUCUUUAUUGAGUUACUCUGUAUUUAUUUUGAAAGUAGGCAGAUGCCUCAUGGAAUAAAUUGAAAUGGAUAAGUUUUCUCUACAAAACUGUGAAGUCUGAAAGCCCACAAAAAAGGUUGCAAGAAAAUUAUGCACAGAAUACUUGGAGAAUGAAGGCAACUUGGAAAGAUUUCUACAGUAGUCUGAAUGUGCCUGGCAAGAUUUAUUUUUGGCAUUUUUUUCUUUUAACCUGCUUUUGUUGUUAUUGAAAUUGUAAUUAUUUUGUUGUUAUUGUAUUUUAUACUUGAAUGUUGUUUCUCAGUUUGCUUUCUUUCCCCCCAUUUAAGAUUCCAGAGGCUUAUUUUAUUAGAGAUCCCCAUACUUUCCUCCUUACAAAGGAAUUUAUUAAGGCCAUGGAGGCGCAGAUCCAGAACUUCGGGCAGACGCCGUCGCAGUUGCUCAUUGAGCCCCAUCCGCCGCGGAGCUCUGCCAUGCACCUGAGCCCCCUCAUGUUUAAAGAUCAGAUGCAGCAGGAUGUCAUAAUGGUGCUGAAGUUCCCAUCAAACUCUCCGGUCACACACGUGGCAGCCAACACGCUGCCCCACCUGACAAUUCCUGCCGUGGUGACUGUCACCUGCAGCAGGCUCUUUGCUGUCAAUCGGUGGCACAACACAGUAGGCCUUCGAGGAGCCCCAGGAUAUUCUUUGGAUCAAGCCCAUCAUCUUCCAAUUGAAAUGGAUCCAUUGAUUGCCAAUAACUCCGGUGUGAACAAGCGGCAGAUCACAGACCUGGUGGAUCAGAGCAUUCAAAUCAAUGCACAUUGUUUCGUGGUCACAGCAGAUAAUCGCUACAUUCUUAUCUGUGGUUUCUGGGACAAGAGUUUUCGAGUUUAUUCUACAGAAACAGGAAAACUAACUCAGAUUGUGUUCGGCCACUGGGAUGUUGUCACUUGCCUUGCCAGAUCAGAGUCCUAUAUUGGUGGUGAUUGCUACAUCGUGUCUGGGUCUCGCGACGCUACAUUGCUGCUUUGGUACUGGAGUGGCCGACAUCACAUUAUAGGUGACAAUCCAAACAGCAGUAAGUAUAUCCUGUACAAAAUGCAUCUCUGAGAGGUCUUCUGCCAU